AUCAGAAAGAAAAAAGAAAAAAAAGGAAAUUACAAAAAAAAUCCGACGAUAUUAAAAAAAACAUGAGACUGUCUCUUCCCAUCAACACUCUCAUAAAUCUCCCAAAACCUCUCUUUCUAAUUUCCCCUUCUUCUCGUUACCUCAACCCUAAUCGUUCCCUGACCUUAGCGUUUCGUGCUACAUCGCUUUCUCCUGCUCCCGUGGUUUCGCGUUGUUACUGGUUCUCGACGGAGGCGAUGAUGACGAACGUUGGAGAGCAAUCGAUUCCUUCUUCAGUAGAAUUGAAGGAGAAUAUUGAGCUCACUGAGAAAGAGCGGAAAAUUUUCGACCGGCUUCUUAGUACUCUCCGUUAUUGUAACCUCAAUACGCAGCUCCGCGUCGCCGGUGGUUGGGUCCGUGAUAAGCUUAUAGGGAAAGAGAGUGAUGAUAUUGACAUAGCUAUUGAUAAUAUGUCGGGAAGUGAGUUUCUUGAUAAGUUCAAGGAGUAUUUAUCUUCUAGAGACGAAGAAGUGCAAGGCGACACUGUUAUUGAAAGGAACCCUGACCAAUCCAAACACUUGGAGACAGCGAAGAUGCGUAUUUAUGACCAAUGGAUUGAUUUUGUGAACUUGAGAAGUGAGGAAUACACAGAGAAUAGUCGUAUUCCUACAAUGAAAUUUGGCACCGCAAAAGAGGAUGCUUACCGUAGAGAUUUAACUAUAAAUAGUUUAUUCUACAACCUCAACUCUGGCUCAGUAGAAGACCUUACAGAAAGAGGCAUCGAUGACCUCAAGUCUGGAAACAUUGUUACACCCUUGCCUGCAAAAGCUACGUUUCUGGAUGAUCCUUUGCGAGUUCUCCGGGCUAUUCGCUUUGGUGCAAGAUUUGGUUUUACUCUGGAUGAAGAAUUAAAAGAAGCUGCUUCAUGUGAGGAAGUAAGGGUAGCUCUUGGAGAAAAAAUUAGCAGAGAGCGGAUCGGGAAUGAAAUUGAUUUGAUGAUAUCUGGGAAUGGGCCAGUUUCAGCUGUUACCUAUCUCUCUGAGCUGAAACUAUUUAGGGUCGUGUUUGCCCUUCCCUCUUCAGCUGAUCCGUCACCAUCAGAGAAUUGUGGCAGCCUCUCCCAAGCCUACUUGGAAGCUAUGUGGAGACUGCUUCAAACACCUGGGCUAGGAAACUUCAGUGGUGAACAAAGGCGGCUUGCUCUGUAUGCUGCUAUGUUUCUCCCCUUUAGGAAAACCGUUUACAAAGACAACAAGGGCAAAUCGAUUCCUGUUGUCAACCACAUCUUUAAAUUCUCCAUGAAGCGCAAGUCCAGUGACGCUGAAACCGUUAUGAAUAUACACCAAACCGCGGAGAGAUUUCGACCGUUGGUUUGUCCCCUUGAAGCGAAGAACGACGUAGGACUGGAGAAGCUUGAUUGGGCCACUGUUAUUCUUGAGCAUUGGAAGUCCAUCUCCCACAAUGAUACAGAGGUUCCAGCAACUUCGAAAAUAAGAGUACUCACAGGGUUUUUACUUAGGGAUAUUAAAGACUUCUGGCGUGUUACUCUCUUAACUUCUUUGUUGUUGUCUGCUACGGUUGACGAUCAAGAAAUCGGGCACCUGGACUUCCAACUGGAAAAGAUGCGAGAAACUUAUCUAACAGUUGAGGCAACCAUCCAUGAACUGGGUCUUGAUAACAUCUGGGAUGUAAAGCCUCUGGUGAAUGGCAGUGAGAUCAUGCAAAUUGCAGAGCUGAAGGGAGGAUCUCUCAUCCGUGAAUGGCAACAGAAACUGCUCACAUGGCAGCUGGCUAACCCCAACGGCACCUCAGAGGAAUGCAAGGAUUGGAUGAGAGAAAUCAAAGCAAAACGACAGAGGACAGAGUAACUUUAGUCCCCCCUAACAUCGUAGAUUAGUCAAAACUCAGAUGUCUCAAGAUUUUGGCAAAUUCCUAAUCAAUCAUGGGCUCAUUUAUAUCCAUAGGACCAUAGCAGUUCAGCUGUGUGUUUCUGACUGAACAAGACAGAUUCGAGCCAAAACAAAAAAAUAAAAUAAAAAAUGAAAGAAUAAAUUAAAACAAA